AUGCGCCAUCUGCGACCACAAAAUGGUCUCGCUACCAGCUCACCAUGGUCAAAAACAACCCGGAUAACCACGCGCACCUUUUGCAAUUCACUGCCAAAACAUGACUUCUCCCCCUUCACCCGCCGACUCUACAAGCUCCCCACAGCGCCCACGCCAACAACCCAGCACAACAGCCUACCAACCUUCCUCACCUACGCCUCGCGCACCGCGCUCCCGCAGACAAGCACAGUCUACGUAGGAACCCACUACGAAUAUACCGUCCUCAACGCCCUCCGCCGCUAUGCCCUAUCCCUGCACCGCAUCGGCGGCCGCGACGACGCCGGCAUCGACCUCCUCGGCACCUGGCACCUGCCGACACGGGAGCGGGAACGCGCAGUCCGCGUGCUGGUGCAAUGCAAAGCCCUCAAGACAAAACUGGGUCCGAACCUAGUCCGCGAGCUGGAGGGUGCUCUCCGACAAGCGCCUGUUGGAUGGCGCACGGGCGAGACAGCGGGUGUGCUGGUGAGUCCGCGCGAGGCAACCAAGGGGGUGCGGGAUACUCUUGCGCGGAGCUCCUACCCGCUUUUUUGGCUCUUGGUUGAGCGGGAUGGGGUGCUUAAGCAGGCACUUUGGAACUCGAGGGCGGAGGUGCUGUUGGGCUUGGACCCUCUUGCUGUGGAGAAUAGGUAUGGUGCGCAGCUGGAUGGAUCUGUCACUUCGCAGGUCGCGCUGACUUGGGAUGGAUGUGAUGUCCCGAAUUUGGAGGAGGUGGAGGCGGGUCUUGCAAGGGGGGAGCGGGAGUGGGUUCGGUCUUGGGGGUUGGAAUUGUCCGAGAUUGGGGAGGAUGAGCUAUUGGAUGUUGUUGAGGGAAUAUUUCCCAAUGGUUGGCCCGAGGUUGGUGCUGAUGAGAUGGUUGCUGAAGAGCACCGGGCGAGGGUCGUUCGGGCUUUACAGAAGCAUUGA